UGUCGCCCCCAAAACGGACAAAGAGUUGGCUGUGCAAUACCUGAAUACCUUCUACGGCUGCCCCAAGGAGAGCUGCAACCUGUUUGUGCUGAAGGACACACUGAAGAAGAUGCAAAAGUUCUUCGGGCUGCCCCAGACAGGUGACCUUGACCAGAACACCAUCGAGACCAUGCGGAAGCCACGCUGCGGCAACCCGGAUGUGGCCAACUACAACUUCUUCCCCCGCAAGCCCAAGUGGGACAAGAACCAGAUCACAUACAGGAUCAUUGGUUACACACCUGAUCUGGACCCAGAAACAGUGGAUGAUGCCUUCGCUCGAGCUUUCCAAGUCUGGAGUGAUGUGACCCCUCUACGGUUUUCCCGCAUCCAUGAUGGAGAGGCUGACAUCAUGAUCAACUUUGGCCGCUGGGAGCAUGGAGAUGGAUACCCCUUCGAUGGCAAGGAUGGGCUUCUGGCUCAUGCCUUUGCCCCAGGCACUGGUGUUGGGGGAGACUCCCACUUUGAUGACGAUGAGUUGUGGACCCUGGGAGAAGGGCAAGUGGUCCGGGUGAAGUAUGGGAACGCCGAUGGGGAGUACUGCAAGUUCCCCUUCCUGUUCAAUGGCAAGGAGUACAACAGCUGCACAGACACGGGCCGCAGUGAUGGCUUCCUCUGGUGUUCUACCACCUACAACUUUGAGAAGGACGGGAAGUAUGGCUUCUGCCCCCAUGAAGCCCUGUUCACCAUGGGUGGCAACGCUGACGGACAGCCCUGCAAGUUCCCGUUCCGCUUCCAGGGGACAUCCUACGACAGCUGCACCACCGAGGGCCGCACUGAUGGCUACCGCUGGUGCGGCACCACCGAGGACUAUGACCGUGACAAGAAGUACGGCUUCUGCCCGGAGACCGCCAUGUCCACUGUGGGUGGGAACUCAGAAGGUGCCCCCUGUGUCUUCCCCUUCACCUUCCUGGGCAACAAGUACGAGAGCUGCACCAGCGCUGGCCGCAGUGACGGAAAGAUGUGGUGUGCCACCACGUCCAACUACGAUGAUGACCGCAAGUGGGGCUUCUGCCCCGACCAAGGGUACAGCCUGUUUCUUGUGGCUGCCCACGAGUUUGGCCAUGCCAUGGGACUGGAGCACUCACAGGACCCCGGAGCCCUGAUGGCGCCCAUUUACACCUACACCAAGAACUUCCGCCUGUCCCAUGACGAUAUCAAGGGCAUUCAAGAGCUCUACGGAGCCUCCCCUGACAUUGACACUGGCACCGGUCCCACCCCCACUCUGGGACCUGUCACUCCUGAGAUCUGCAAACAGGACAUCGUCUUUGAUGGCAUCGCGCAAAUCCGCGGCGAGAUCUUCUUCUUCAAGGACCGGUUCAUUUGGCGGACAGUGACACCACGUGACAAGCCCACGGGACCCCUGCUGGUAGCCACAUUCUGGCCUGAGCUCCCAGAAAAGAUUGAUGCUGUGUAUGAGGCCCCGCAGGAAGAGAAGGCUGUGUUCUUUGCAGGAAAUGAGUACUGGGUCUAUUCAGCCAGUACCUUGGAGCGAGGGUACCCCAAGCCCCUGACCAGCUUGGGAUUGCCCCCUGAUGUCCAGAAAGUGGAUGCUGCUUUUAACUGGAGCAAGAACAAGAAGACAUACAUCUUUGCUGGAGACAAAUUCUGGAGAUACAAUGAGGUGAAGAAGAAAAUGGAUCCUGGGUUCCCCAAGCUCAUUGCAGACGCCUGGAACGCCAUCCCUGAUAACCUGGACGCUGUUGUGGACCUGCAGGGCAGUGGUCACAGCUACUUCUUCAAGGGAGCAUACUACCUGAAGCUGGAGAACCAAAGUCUGAAGAGUGUGAAAUUUGGAAGCAUCAAGUCAGACUGGCUGGGCUGCUGAGCUAGUCUGCCUCGCAUAGGCCCUUCCUCUCCAUAGCCUUCCACACACUGGGCCCUACACACCAGAGGAGGACCUGGAGGGACCUGCAGCCCUGCCUUCAGCUCUGUAGUUAAUGAGCAUUCUCAACCCCAAUGGGUAAUUUAAGAUUCCAGAGAGUGGCUCUACCCUGUGCCCAAGGAAAGGUGCUGACUGUACCCCUCCCAGGUGCCCCUUCCCUCUCCAAUUCUUCCAACCUUCAGAGCCACCCCCAAAGAGAUGCUUUGAUAUAUUCUCAAUGUAGCCCUGCCUUGGGCUGUCCUGGUGCUGCCACUUCAGGCUCUUCUAUCUCCACAACCUUCUGUGGCUCCACAGCACCUAGGGAGCCAACAGAGACUGUCUCAAGAGGACAAUGGUGGCCUGACAGCCUGGCUUGUGGCAAUGGGGUAGGGACCUGGUCAGGUGGCCAUAUCAGACACCUGGCUUCUCACUGCUGGCUGCCUUGGAACCCUCCCCACAUUAGCAGUUUGCUUUGUAUGCACUUUGUUCUUUUCUUUUGAACUUUUUAUUUUUCCACUUUGAAAUCACAUUUUCUGACAGAAGGACUCAGGUUGUCUGAAGUCACUGCGUGAUGUAUCUCAGCCUGCAUAAAGAAGGUUCCCAGAUUCACUGUAUUUAGUACAUCCCCACCCUGUCACUUCUCCACUGGAUGGAGGAAAAUGAAGCCAUGGCUCCCUGCCCAGCCCUUCCCACCUGUUUCUUCAGCAGUUCCCCAUGGGAAAUGUCAACAAGUAUGAAUAAAGACACCAAUUGAGUGGCA